GACCGAGAAUGUAUAUGGUACGCGAUGACUUGACUGUUGCACCGUUGGGGGUAACCUUAGGUCUCUCUAUUUUCAACGAGUUGAAGAUCUCUUUGUCCGAUGUAAAAGAAGUAGAGGUGCAAGUUGGGUUGGAAGAGGGUUUAAGCAUAUUGAAAGCGGCUCUUACAUCGACCACUGCUUUGACAGAUGGCCUCAUCAACCCCUUCUUAAAUAAACAACCUCAAUGAGAAAUGGAGCGUCACUUGGAGUCGAAGAGCAGUUCAAAACCACCUUCAUAGCCACCCUCCCUCCGCCGUGCUCAGCCACCAUCGUCAAGCAACGUUUUUUGAACAUUUUUAUAACUACAAAUUGUAAGUUCAGUAUGUCUGAGGCUGAGCAAGUUAAGUUCCAUAUCAAGUUUGUGAUAAAUAAGGAGAAGACGAAGGUACUAUUUGCAGAAGCUGGUAGCGAUUUCACAGAUAUGUUGUUAAGCUUCCUACUUCUUCCAUUGGGAAAAAUUGUCCAAGUCCUUGAGGAACACUACGCAGACAAGGCGCCUGUUAUUGGAAGCUUGACCACUCUCUACAAAGGUGCAUCAGAUCUUGAUGUCAUCCAUUUCCUUGGAGAUGCUAUUAAGAAGAACUUGAUCAGUUCAACACAUUUUGAGAGUGAUGAAAUAUGUGAACUGAGACUCAACAUUUGCGGCGCUCAGCCCACACGCUCCAGCUCUGAGGAAUCGUGCUUCAGCUCUGGGGAAUCGUAUAAUGGAGUUUUCAUUAAGAGUACAGCUUGUUGCAUAAUCAGCGAUGAUCUCCGUGUGUUGCCUAAUGUGUCAGGCUCUAUCAUUGAAACUCUCAGCACUCUCGGCAUUGCUGUGGAAGAUAUGGAUGGCACAGAGACAAGAAACAUGACAUUUGGUUUGAAUGAGAUUAUAGCUCUACUAAAGGAAUCAUUGAUUUCCAUGAAUCCACUCACUGCUCUCAUUUUCCCUGGGAGACAGAUGACUUUAGCAACAGAUAGGCAUGCUUUUUUAAAUCAGAUUGACGAGUAUGUCAUUCUUAGAAACACAAAGAGAAUGAUCUUGAAAGUCAUGCUUCAGAAAUCUACAAAUAUGCUGCUGUUUGCUCAAGCAGAUUGUGAUUUCGUAAAUUUUCUUUUUAAGAAUCUCACCACUUCCUUAGGAAGAGUUGAGUGGUUUUUGGGCAGCGAUACCGGUCUCAAGAGUAUUGAUAAUUUGCAUAGGAGUGUAGCUGAUGAUUCUAAUAAAAUCCGUGUGAAAGAUUCAUAUACCAAAGACUUGCUGAUCCAGCCCAAGCCUACUGAUCAUAUCUAUUCUUGUAGUGAAUACGAGUAUUGUUUUCUGAAUUUCAGCCAUCAUAUAUCUUCUGCUUAUGUCGAUGGAGUGAUAAUGUAUAUGGUAAGUGAUGACUUGACUGUUGCACCGUUGGGGGUAACCUCGGGUCUUUCUAUCAUCAACGAGUUGAAGAUCUCUUUGUCUGACAUAAAAGAAGUAGAGCUGCAAGUUGGAUUGGAAGAGGGUUUAAGCAUACUGAAAGCUGCUCUUACAUCGACCACUGCUUUGACAGAUGGCCUCAUCAAACCUUUUUUGGAGAAACAAGAAAGGGAGCAGCAGUUGGAGUCGAAGAGUUGAUUGAAUCAUUCAAUCCAUCUUAUCUUGAGGUGAUGUUUGUUCUAUUUGUGCAUGUUUCGGAGACGUGUAUCACGUGUAUUGUUGCUGGCCUUGUUAUUUAGACGUGGAAGAGACGACUUAAGCUGCUUGAUAUGAUCCUGUUUAUGUUCCUUGUGGUAGAACUUGUUUGUUUUUAUUAUGGAUAAAUCUUGCUCAAAACAAAUUAUUUUGAUGUAAACCUCUCCCUCAAGAAUUUGAUGUUAUAAGAAGGUGGGUUGGAAGAGGUAAGAUUGGUGAUGGUGAAUUGGUGAUUGUUGGUGUAUGAAAUGUAGGAAAUCAAUUUGAUGAAAUGCUUCUUGCAUUGAGCAUUC